AUGACACAACAGAACACUGGGUUGACCCCUAGCAUUCUCCUAUGGGGGUCACUCGCACUAUCAUUCGAUAAAUCGUCGUUUGAGCGAUUGCGCAAAUCAAUCACCGAAAUCGAAGACAAUAUUUGGCUUGUGGAUGUUUUCGAAUCACUCCCAGAAGCUUGCAAAACAGCCCUGGCGGCAUUGCCCACACUUCAUCAGGCCACAGGAAGCAGCGCAAUCAAGCAGUUGAUCAACUUCAAUGAAAUAUUUACCACCAGUCGUUCCGUGGACACAGAAUUGACUCUACCGAAUACUUUAUUGAUUCCUCUUGUGAUCAUGAACCAAUUGGCCCAAUACACCAAAUUUUUGCAACAGGAAGGCCUUGAACAUGAGGAUGUCAAAUCUCGCUACGGAGAAACUCUAGGCUUGUGUACCGGACUAUUGAGUGCAUUUGCCGUGUCGAGUGCACACAACAAAUCCGAGUUUCAGCGAUAUGGUGCUACAGCUAUCCGUUUGGGUCUCCUCGUCGGCUUGGUGAUUGAUAGUCAGGAUGCCGUCCUGGGUAAGGGAAGGUCUAAAUCUCUUAGUGUUGCCUGGGCCUCUGUUGAGGCGCACAGAGAGAUGACCCAAAUUUUGGAAGAGUUCCAAGAGCAGCCAAGCCCUUCCUCAGCGCGAGCAUACAUCUCGGUUUAUUUUGAUGAGAACCGCGCAACCAUAACCAGCUGUGCCGACACUAUAACCCAGCUAGUACAUCGGCUACAGGCCGCUGGAAUUAGCGUUUCAGAGCUAAGUCUGUACGGGCGCUUUCAUUGUAACGAUAAUCUUGGGUUCAUUGAGGAUUUGAACACGUUCUGCGAGCGUCAUGCAGACUUCAAACUCCCAGAUGCAUCAUUGCUCAAUUUAUCUACUCGGGCAAACAAUAGCACCGCGAGUUUAUUGACAGAAGGCCCUCUCCAUGUGCACGCACUUCGUUCCAUUUUAGUUGAGCCCCCUCAAUGGUAUGAGGCCUUUUCCGCUACUAUUCGGGCAAAAAGUGAGAAUUCUCAAGUCGAUGUCUUUGACUUCGGCCCUGAGCGCAGUAUACCCUUAUCUCUUCCAUUAGAAGGCAGCCCAAUCAUGCGAGUAAUCAAUUUUACCGACCAAGGGACCAAAAGCCGGCGAUCUGACCGUAUUUGGCUUGAUAGCGACAUUGCAGUCGUGGGAAUGUCAUGCAAAGUUCCUGGAGCCAAUAACCUGGAUGAGUUUUGGAAGUUACUAGUAUCAGGCGAAUCACAGCAUCGUGAAAUCAGCCCGGGAUCGAAAUCGGCUGAUCGGUUUUCAUUUGAAGAUACCGUGUUCCGCACUUCUGCCGAUGCCAACAUGAAGCGCAAAUGGUACGCCAAUCUUGUGGAUGGGCACGACCAAUUUGACCACCAAUUCUUCAAGAAGAGUGCUCGUGAGGCUGCCUCAACGGAUCCGCAGCAGAGACACAUUCUACAAGUGGCAUACCAAGCUGUUGAGCAAAGCGGGUACUUCCAGCAGGAAAAGAUCAGCCGUGAUGCCAGAGUUGGCUGUUUUGUGGGUGUUUGCUUGGGAGACUAUGACAACAAUGUGGCCAGCCAUGCAGCAAAUGCUUUCACGGCUACUGGUAACUUGCAGGGUUUUAUAUCUGGCAGAGUUUCUCAUUUCUUUGGUUGGACAGGGCCAGGUCUCACUAUAAAUACAGCUUGUAGCUCAUCCCUGGUAGCUGUGCAUCAGGCAUGCCAAUCGAUUUUAUCUGGAGAGUGUGAAGCGGCACUUGCAGGAGGGUCGCAUAUUAUGACUUCUGCAGAGUGGUUUCAGAACUUGGCCGCCGGGUCUUUCUUGAGUCCUACAGGCCAAUGCAAGCCGUUUGAUUCCAAAGCUGACGGGUAUUGUCGAGGUGAAGGUGUCGGCGCUGUCUUCUUGAAGAAGAUGAGCAAGGCAGUUGCCGAUGGAGACCCUAUACUGGGUGUUAUUGCCGCAACUGAAGUUCAGCAGAACCAGAACUGCACUCCCAUUUUCGUGCCUAAUACAACAUCUUUAAAAGAUCUGUUCACAAGGGUUAUGACCAAAGCCAAAGUUAGGCCAUCGCAGAUUUCUGUGGUUGAAGCUCAUGGCACCGGAACGGCUGUUGGUGAUCCCGCUGAAUACGACAGCAUCCGUCUGGCCCUUGGAGGACCAAACCGGGGGCCGGGGAAAGAACUGAUGGUGAGCUCUGUCAAGGGCCUCGUUGGUCACAUGGAGUGUACCUCAGGUGUGAUUAGUUUAAUCAAAGUCCUACUCAUGAUGAACAAGGGUAUUCUGCCACCACAAGCUAGCUUCAACGCCAUGAACCCAGCCCUAAAGGCAUCUCCAGCCGAUCGGAUGUUUGUUCCAACCAAGGCACAGCCAUGGGUUGCUGACGUUCGAGCUGCACUCAUUAACAACUAUGGUGCCUCGGGCUCAAAUGCAUCUGCAAUUAUACUGCAAGCGCCGAGUCGCAACGUUCCGGAGGCUGUCUCAGAGAUGACUCUGUCUGAUGUCAAAUAUCCAUUCUGGCUCAGUGGAUUUGACAUGAAAGCUCUAUACCGCAAUGCUCACGCCUUCCGAAAGUUUGUUGAUCGAUCAACUGGUACAUCUCUCGCCAAUCUAUCAUUCAACCUUGCAUAUCAGAGUAAUCGAAACUUGAAAUCGAGCAUGAUUUUCUCCGCUCAAUCUUUUGAUGAUCUAGAUAGGAAGCUGGCUGCAUUCAUACAGUCUGACGAUGACGAGCACGUCUUCUCCGGAAAGCCAACAACUAUACCGACUGUUAUAUUAUGUUUCGGGGGCCAGAUAUCUUCUUUUAUCGGUCUUGACCCACGAUUAUACCAUAAUAUGGCCAUCCUACGCAGCUAUCUUGACCGCGUCGAUACCAUCAUUCAGACAAUUGGAUGUCCUAGCAUUUUCCCUGCUAUCUUCCAACGCACUCCUAUUGUCGACACAGUCCAACUGCAAACAGUACUAUUUGCCAUGCAGUACGCAUGUGCGCGUAGCUGGAUAGACUCUGGAAUUCGCCCAACCGCACUGGUUGGCCAUAGUUUUGGUGAACUGACAGCCCUUUGCGUAUCGGAGAUCCUAUCGAUCGAAGAGACAGUGAAAAUGAUUGUGCGACGGGCUACAUUAGUUCGGGACGCCUGGGGCACUGAUAAGGGAGCCAUGAUGGCUGUUGAGGGUGAUCUAAGCAAUAUACAAGAAAUAUUGGCUAAUGCUAACGCGAAGCAUUCCGACAAACCGGCCAGCAUUGCUUGCUAUAAUGGACCGCGCAGCUUCACGCUUGCAGGUCCAGCCGUGGCCAUUGAUGCUGUGGCUGCUCAACUGGAAAGCCAGAAUGGCAUCAAAUCUAAGCGGCUACAAGUCACGAAUGCGUUCCAUUCUGUGCUUGUUGACACAAUAUAUGACCAACUUGAGUAUAGUGCCAGAGCUUUGAACUUCCGGAAGCCUGUCAUUCCCCUCGAGCUAGCUACUGAAAAUGCCACAAAUGCAGCAGAACUGACACCAGAGUUUGUGGCAAGUCACAUGCGCAGUCCUGUAUUCUUUCACCAUGCAAUAAAGCGCCUGGGACAGCAGAAUUCCUCCUCACCUUGCAUUUUCCUUGAGGCUGGUGCCAACUCAACAAUAACUUCAAUGACCGCUCGCGCACUAUCAGAUACUAAUGGCACAUAUUCUUUCCAUAGUGUGAAUAUUGCCAAUUGUGAUGACGGGUGGAACAAGCUGACUGAUACUACUGUAUCUCUCUGGAAAAACCAUCUACCUGUUCAACAUUGGGCCCAUCACAAAGUCCAAGGUCAUCAAGCGGAUCUUAAGCAUUUGUUUCUGCCUCCGUACCAGUUCGAUCCAAACAGCCGCCACUGGAUGGAUCUGAAGGUAUCCUCAAAGGCGUUAACGACACUCAUAGAUGCGAAAGCUGAAGGGGCUUCUGCAGAGGAGAAGCAGCCCGAAGGGCCACUGACCUUCAUGGGAUACACGGAUGGUGCGGCACGCAAGCAAGCGCAGUUCCAGAUUCAUACGGCGACAGAGAAAUACCAACAGCUCCUCUCGGGGCAUGUGACGAUGAAGACUGCUCCAAUAUUGUCAGCCACCCUACAAAUCAGCUUUGUGGUUGAUGCAAUCAACAUGCUCCAUCCUGAGUAUAAGACCGUGCAGCAUCAGCCGCAGAUUCAAGACGUGGAGUACAAAUCACCUGUCUGUGCCAACCGGGCACGUACGACUUGGAUUGAGAUCAGUGAGGAGGUAUCAGGGAAUGCUGAAUGGCGAUUUGAGGUAUACAGCACUGUGAAUGCGUGCAAGCAGCAGAAGCGUACGAUGCAUACCAUUGGCAAAGUUGCUCUCAACAGCCCCGAUGACCCAUCUCUGAAACGUCAGUUGAAACGGUUCGAGCGGUUUUUCGGACACGAUCGCGCGGUUGGAUUACUACAGAGCGCGGGUGUUGAUGAAGUUCUUGGCAACCGAAGCAUCUACAACAUUUUCUCCGAGAUUGUGGAUUAUGGCGAGGAAUUCCGCGGAAUGCAGAAGUUUGUUGUCAGGGAUAAUCACACUGCUGGCCAAGUUGUUCGUCUCAACCAUGACACUGAGCUGCUAUUUGAUCCCCAUCUGGCCGACACAUUCUGUCAACUAGGUGGCCUCUGGAUCAACUGUAUGACCAACAGAGCGCCAAAUUAUGUCUAUCUUGCUAAUGGCAUUGAUCAGUGGAUCAGAGCACAUCCAGCUGCCAAACGGCCAGAAAAUUUCAAUGUGUUUGCUGUCCACAAUCGGCCGUCUGAUCAACUGUCCUUGACUGAUGUAUUCGUAUUUGAUGCCGCCGAUGGCGCUCUUGUUGAGGUUAUUCUUGGUAUUGCCUAUGUGAAAAUACCAAAGACUUCCAUGGAGAAACUGCUUCUUUCCUUGACUGAAGCUUCACAAAUGGCUCAAGUGCCAUCGAACAUCGUGACGGUGAUUCCCUCGAUUGAUAAGUCAAUGUCUGCUGAGAUUCCGAGCAUGAUAAAUGGUGGUCAUCAGCCCUACCCUCAGUUGCAGCAGACAGCAAAACGAGAGAAGCUACCGCUACAGAGUGAAACUGCGCUCCAGGAGCUUGUCAUGAAAUUGAAAGCAGUUAUCGCAGACCUCUCUGGCUUGGAGAUAUCAGAGGUAAAAGAUAACAGCGAACUAGCUGACCUUGGCAUCGACUCUCUGGCGGGAAUGGAGAUGGUUAAUGAGAUUGAAUCAACUUUAAAGGUGAGGCUGCCGCAAGACGAGAUCAUCAUGGUUCAUGACAUGCCUGGUUUAAUAAAAUGUGUUGCCGGAGCCUUGGGCAUCACCACAAAAUCUAGUCCCGAGUCAGGCGAUUAUUCGACUGAGGAGUCUGAGAGUGACGUGCCUAGCAUUAUGUCUGCUCCAGACGGUGCAAUGGGACUGAGCAGCGCCAGUUUUGGUACAGCUGGUACAGAUUCCGAUAUGAAGGAGGAGCUGGACAAAAUACCAGGAGAACUUUCACUUCCCUUGGCAACUGUGAUGGAGGCCUUCAAUGAGUCCAAACAAUUGACGGAUACCCGCGUUGCCGAGAUGAACCAGACAGACUAUGUUGCCCGAGCCUUGCCGCUUCAGAACGAGCUGACAGUUGCACUUACUAUCGAGACGUUUGAAAAUCUUGGUUCUGGAUUUGGAGCUGCCCGACCGGGCGAACAGCUUUCUCGCAUCCCACACGUCAAAGAACACAAACACUUCGUCACGUAUCUUUAUGAGAUGCUUGAAGCUGAGACUCAGAUCAUCAAGCUGGAUGGUACAAUCAUCACCCGAACUGCAGUACCACUUCCACACCGUCAUAGCAAGGAGCUAUAUGAGGAGCUCCUUCGAGAUUACCCUGACCAGCAAGAGGCUAACAAACUCACCUACUACGCCGGCGAGAACCUCGAGCGAGUACUCUCUGGUUCCACGGACGGUGUCAAGCUCAUAUUUGGCAGCCCCGAAGGUCGAGACCUUGUCGGCCGCUGGUACGCCGAUUGGCCACUAAACCGAGUUCUAAUCUCAACGAUGGAGGAUUUUUUCACGCGACUGUGCGAAAAGCUCAGGUACUUAAACGAUGGCAAUGGCAUCAGUGAUGGCCAACCACUGCGUAUCUUGGAAAUGGGUGCCGGUACUGGCGGCACGACGAAGCGCAUAGUGCCACUCUUAGCACAACUAGGGGUCCCAGUGGAGUAUACUUUCACAGACCUAGCGCCAUCUCUAGUAGCUACAGCGCGGAAGAAAUGGGGCAAGCAGUACCCGUGGAUGAAGUUUCGCGCUCAUGACAUUGAGAAAAGUCCAGCGACGGAGCUAGAGGGAACUCAGCAUUUUGUACUUGCGAGUAACGCGGUGCAUGCCACUAAGUCACUGUGUGUCAGUGCGAGGAAUGUGCGGAAGGCACUGCGCUCGGAUGGCUUCCUUCUUCUUAUGGAAAUGACCCGCACACCAUAUUGGGUUGAUUUGAUCUUUGGCCUGUUCGAGGGUUGGUGGCUCUUUGACGACGGUCGAAAGCAUGCUUUAACGCAUGAAUCGAGAUGGGAGAGGGAUCUCCAGAAUUCCGGAUUUGGCCAUGUAGACUGGACGGAUGGUGAUACGCCAGAGAGCGAGAUCCAGAAGGUUAUCAUCGCUGUCGCUGAUUCUACAAAUCCGCUGCCAGUUACAAACCAGCUUCAGUCAGGCCUUUUGCCAAACUUCGUAGCCCGUGAGGAAAUGGUCGCCAAAUAUGUCCGUAAUUUUACCCAGAACUUUGACGCUGCCAUACUUCAAAGUCCUACUGAAAUUACUCAAGGUCGUAUUGAUACAAAGGGAAUUUUAAUUACCGGAGGCACUGGAGGGUUGGGCGCUCAUUUGGUAGCAGAAGCAGCUGUCCGAACAGACGUGGCACGAGUGAUAUGCCUCAAUCGACCAGGAAAGCAACAGAAGCCACGAGAGAGGCAGAUACAAGCUCUUCACAAGAGAGGCAUAGAUCUCCCGCCAGAUUCACUUGCCAAAAUUGAUGUAUUCGAGACAGAUUUAUCUGCAGAGUCCUCGACACUGGGUCUACUCGAAGCCGACUACUAUUCACUUCUCAACGAUGUAACACACAUCAUACACAGCGCCUGGCUCAUGCACUCAAAAUGGCAUGUACAUCGAUUUGAGUCUCAACUGAGAAUAAUGGCGAACAUGCUUAAAUUUGCGCGAGACAUCAGUUCCAGCAGUCCCAAAAGUAACCCUGUUACCUUUGAAUUUAUCUCAUCAAUUGCCACCAUCGGUCAUCAUCCUUUGCAGACAGGCAGACCUGUUGUACCGGAAGAUCGUGUCCCAAUCACCAGCGUUCUCCCUACGGGAUAUGGUGAGGCAAAGUAUAUCUGUGAGCGGAUGCUUGAUUCCACCCUACACCAGUAUCCAGACCGUUUCAGAGCUACCGCUGUGCGCCUAGGUCAGAUUGCCGGAAGUGCGAUCAACGGCUAUUGGAAUCCAAUGGAGCAUGUUCCAUUCAUGUUUAAAUCGUCGCAAACUCUGGGUGCCAUGCCGGAUCUGCCAGGGACUAUGGGUUGGACUCCAGCAGAUAUUAUGGCGCGCGGACUGCUUGAUAUCUUAACGCAACCGCAUGAUAUUGCGCUGUAUCCGAUCUACCAUAUUGAAAAUCCCGUACGGCAGUCGUGGGGUGAAACACUUGAUAUCAUCGCUGAAGAGAUGAAUAUUCCCAGGCUUGAGACUGGAACCUCUCUUCUUCCGUUCGAUGAGUGGGUCAAUCAAGUGAGGCAUUGGCCACGACUGGAGGAUAAUGGUCCUCAGGGGAAAAAUCCUGCUCAUUUGCUCGUUGAUUUCUUGGACUCUGGGUUCAUUCGUAUGAGCUGUGGGGGUCUUUUGAUGGGAACAGCCCAUGCGCGAGAGCAUUCUCCAACACUGGCGAAGAUGGGGCCAGUGGAUGAGAACUUGAUCAGAUUGUUUGUGCAGAGUUGGAAGGAUACAUGCUUUCUUGCUUAA